AUGGGCAGAGCAGGAAGGCAAAGACUAACAGAAAUAACAAACACAUCACAUCUGCAAGACGUAACAGAAAUAACAAAUACACUACAUCCGCAAGACGAUAAAAUAGAGCCGGCAGAGAAAUGCAUAGUUGUGUCUGACGAUGAACUAUACAGCAUCGACGUCAUAGACAUUCCCAUUUCUGACGAGAUAUUCGAUGAAUAUCAAAUCACAAGCAAGAUUCUUGAAGAAUACUGA